UUCAUUCGAACGCUUGACUAAAACAAUUGCAAAAAAUGGCUUUCUUGAAAUUCGCUGUGGUCUUUGUGGCCCUCUUUGCCGGUGCUCUGGCCAUGAGUGCCACCUGGGGUGCUCGUAACUCCACCGAUAUGCUGUUGUUGAGAGAGAAUGUCUUCCGCACACCAGUGGCAAGUUCCUUUAUUUCGGCAGAUGUUAAUUUUCCCAAAAGUGGCCAAACCAAUACUCGCACCAUCUCCAUCAUCUAUGUUUUCGAUGGUUUCACCAACAGCUCUGGAGCCACUCCCACUUUGUGGUCUGGCGGCCCUGGCAAAACUACAGCCCUUAUUAAUUUGAAAUCCCAAAUGGGUAGAGGCAUUAACUCUACUGUGGAAAUCUGGGGCAGAUAAAUGAACAGCUGGAAUAUUUUACCUAGAUGAGGAAAACUAAGUUGACUAAGGCUUUUUUUGUUGGAGAGUGAAAAGAGAGGCGUUUUUGCAAGAAUUUUAAGAAAAAAAAAAUAAAAAA